AUGGAUCUGCCAUCUGUGUCCACCCUCCGCGCCAAGCUCGCAAAGCGCAUCGUCCAAACUCAGCUGGAGCUGUCUUGCGCGAAGCUCCUUGAGAGAUAUCUCGGCUCACCAGAACACUUUCGUGGUCCCUUCAUCACGCCCAUCACAGAUCCCUAUGAUUCCCUGGAUCCAAAGAAGGCCGCGGCCCCCGGCUUCAUAGACGUCAACUUCGACGAGCUCGACGAGCACACCAGGCGGCGGGAUCCGCUGGCCGAUCCGACCAUCGAGUGGAAGGUCGGCGUCAUCGGAGGCGGGAUUGGGGGCUUGUAUGCCUCGUUGAUCCUCGAGGACCUUGGCAUCACAAAUGAAGUCUCCGAGGCAACCGGGAGGACCGGUGGCCGGAUGUGGUCCUAUCGCUUCAGUUCAAAGCCCGGUGAUUACUACGAGGUUGGCGCCAUGCUAUUCCCCGACAUCCCCAUCAUGAGGCGGACCUUUCGGCUGCUUGCGCUUCUCAACAUCACAAGAGACAAUAAUCCCCAUCCUGCCGAGGGCUGCCUGAUCCCUUACUACUUCGAGGGCCCAAAUAACCCUUGGCUCUAUAACAACAUACUGAAGACGAAUGUUACCGCCGGAGAGAUUCUGAAAAGGGUCUUUCAAGAAUGGAGGGAUGGCUUGGCUUCUGACUUUGAAAACACCAUGGCGAAGCUUAUAGCUAUCGAUCGCAGGGCCAUCUCGCUGCGAUCAUACAUGAUGGAGAAGUUUGGGCGCGAGACGGAGGGCUUGGACAUAGACGGUCCGGAGCUCUAUUACAUGACCAAUUGGUGCGAGGUAAUGGACGCGAGAACAAGACACUUCGACGCGGCUUUCAUAUCGUGGGUUGUGCUCUCGCUGGAGUUUGAGUAUCCCCCAGGACCCGCCCCGACCUACGACCCAAAACCCAUCAGGGAUCCCAUCGGGGAUGAACCACCUGUACACAAACACGAUUACUCGUGGUGGAUCCUGAACGGCGGCACCGACAUCGUUGCCCAGCGAACAGCUGCCAAACUCGCAAACAAGCCCUUUAAUCACCUGCGGGUGACGGGGAUCUCGCAUGCUCAGGGAGAGGAGCAGGGCAUGCCGAUGAAGGUGACCAUGCUGCAGAGCCACCCCCACAAUCCGGACAGGCCGCCCACGCCCAUCACCAAGGAGUAUACGCACGUCAUCACCACAACGACGAUGCCCUGCCUCGACAUCAUGGACCUGCGCAACGUCGGGCUCACAUACGGGCAGCGUGAGGCCAUCCGAGUCCUCAGCUAUGACAACGCCGUCAAGGUAGGCAUCAAGUUCCGGACUCGCUGGUGGGCUGAAGAGAAGGGCAUCACCCAGAGCGGCGUCGGCAUGACGGAUCGCCCGACGCGGGUCGUCGUGUACCCUUCGCACGCGCUCGACACCCCGGCCGGCGAGUCGGGCGUGCUCAUAGCCUGCUACAGCGCCGCCCAGGACGCCUCCCGCCUCGGCGGCAACGAGAGCUGGAUCUUCGAUACCGUCAUGGCUGAUUUGGCGGCGAUGCACGAGUACGACGAAGGGGCGCUACGGAAGCUGGUCGUAAGCUACCACGUGCACGACUGGAACCACGACCCCUACGUGAACGGACACUUUUGCAUGCCCGGGCCGGGCCAGUUUUCGUCCCUGUUCGGAUACAUCCGGCGACCCGCUUCCCAAGGCCGCCUGUUCGUCGCCGGCGAGGGCACAAGCGUCUUCCCCGGCUGGAUCGUCGGCGCGCUGAACAGCUCGUAUAGGGCCAUCCACCAGAUGCUUUGGUGCGAACUUUAUCGCAGGUUGGGCCGCUGGGAGGAUAUGGGCUACAUCUGGUGUCUGAUUAUGCGUCUGAGACAGAAUUGGGGCAAUGGCAUGGAGCCUGAAGAGGAGUACGAUUCGGAUCCUAUGAAGGCAGCGGGCUGGGAGACCUUUUUGGCCAUGAGUGGCAUUGACGUCUGA